AUGCACACAUAGUAGGGAGCAGGCCCUGUUCAGUUUUUCCUGGGCUCCCUUCGGAAGAGCCGUGCCCAGAAUUGUGCUACGAAAGCCUUAAGCAGGUGAAGAUCAGACGGAACGGGGACGUUCCAAGAAAAGGGGCCACCUCCCUCCCUCUCCGUCUAUGGUCCGCAACAUACAAGGACCCUUUUGAUUUCCGGGCAGCCCUUCUUCGAGGGCUUGAGGGGGAGUGCGUUCGGCAGGACUAGCGGCAGAGCUUUCCGUUUCUUCUCCGGCUCCGGCGCCUUCCUUCCCACUCACUCCGGAGAGGAAAGGAGCAGAAAAGCCAGGAGGAGAAGGGGCUCCAGCCCCCCCCCCUCCGCUCCGCUCCUCUCCGCUCCGCCCUUUCUGGGUGAGCAGGAAGGGGAGGGCGCCCGCCCGCCCGCGGAGCGAGGACGCGUUAGGCAAGCGACGCCUGCUUCGGCGAGGCAGGGCUUUGCUGCUGAGGCGAGCAAAGCGGCACCCAAGAUGGCCCCUGCUGCAGAGGCCGGCCUGGCCGCCGCCGCCGUCAAAGCAGCCGCCGAGGGCCGGCGGGGGGAAGAGGAGGCCGCGGCCGGCCGUCUCUCGCUGCUGCUGAAGGAGGAGGAGGAGGUGGGCGCCACGGCCGCCCCUGUGGCCCGCAGCUGAGAGGAGCUGCUGCUACUCGUGAGGUUAUAUUUCUCACUAUGUGCUGACUGUCUGUACUUACAGAAGAUAUUUAAAAACACUUUUUUUCCAAAAAAGAAUUGAUUCCAGUGGAAUCUGCUUUAGAUUUUGUCUUGUGAAGUAACACCUGAAGCAAUGCCUGUACAAGCUCCACAAUGGACGGAUUUCCUUUCCUGCCCUAUUUGCACACAAACCUUUGACGAAACGAUCCGGAAGCCCAUCAGCCUGGGUUGUGGCCACACAGUCUGCAAGAUGUGUCUGAACAAGCUCCACCGAAAGGCAUGCCCCUUUGACCAGACCACUAUUAAUACAGAUAUUGAGCACCUUCCUGUGAACUCAGCAUUGUUGCAACUUGUGGGUGCCCAGGUGCCAGAGCAGCAACCAGUAACUUUACGUAGUGGUGCUGAAGAUACCAAGCAUUAUGAGGAAGCCAAGAAAUGUGUGGAAGAACUAGCUUUGUACCUUAAACCACUUAGCAGUGCAAGAGGUGUGGGACUUAACAGCACCACUCAGAGUGUACUCAGUCGCCCUAUGCAACGGAAACUUGUAACAUUAGUCCAUUGCCAACUAGUGGAGGAAGAAGGGCGGAUCAGAGCUAUGCGUGCAGCACGAUCCCUUGGUGAAAGAACUGUCACAGAACUUAUUCUUCAACACCAGAACCCCCAGCAGCUCUCUUCCAACCUUUGGGCUGCAGUAAGGGCCAGGGGCUGCCAGUUCCUUGGACCAGCAAUGCAGGAGGAAGCCCUCAAGUUAGUUCUUUUGGCUUUGGAAGAUGGAUCUGCUUUGUCUCGGAAGGUGUUGGUUCUCUUUGUGGUACAGAGGUUGGAGCCACGAUUUCCUCAGGCUUCUAAAACCAGCAUUGGGCAUGUUGUCCAGCUUCUUUACAGAGCCUCCUGUUUCAAGGUGACUAAACGUGAUGAAGAUUCUUCUCUAAUGCAACUGAAGGAGGAAUUCCGAACAUAUGAAGCUCUGAGACGAGAACAUGAUUCCCAGAUCGUACAGAUUGCUAUGGAGGCUGGUUUGCGCAUUGCUCCAGAUCAGUGGUCUUCAUUGCUGUAUGGAGACCAAUCUCACAAAUCCCAUAUGCAAUCCAUUAUUGACAAGUUACAGACCCCAGCCUCGUUUGCACAGAGUGUUCAGGAACUGACUAUCGCUCUUCAGCGGACUGGUGACCCUGCCAAUUUGAACCGGCUUCGACCCCAUCUAGAACUUCUGGCAAAUAUUGAUCCCAGUCCAGAUGCUCCACCACCCACAUGGGAACAGCUUGAGAAUGGACUGGUUGCUGUGCGGACCGUAGUACAUGGGCUAGUUGAUUACAUCCAGAAUCACAGCAAGAAAGGAGCAGAUCAGCAACAGCCUCCUCAACACAGCAAGUACAAGACGUACAUGUGCCGAGACAUGAAGCAAAGAGGAGGGUGCCCCCGUGGGGCUAGCUGCACAUUUGCACACUCUCAGGAAGAACUAGAAAAAUUUCGCAAGAUAAACAAACGUCUGGUUCCUCGAAGACCUCUGAGUGCCUCCUUAGGUCAACUGAAUGAAGUGGGUCUGUCAGCAGCUGUCCUUUCAGAUGAAGGAGCUGUGGAUUUGCCCAGCAGAAAACCCUCUGCCUUGCCAAAUGGGAUUGUUUCAACAGGCAAUGCAGUGACACAACUUAUCUCUCGUGGAACUGAUUCAAGUUAUGAGUCAGCCCUGAAGCCUGGGAAGAUUGACCACCAUAGCAACAGUGCCCCCGGAUCACCUCCUGACUUGCUGGAACCCGUUUCCAAGAGUUCUCUCUCUGCCUUACCGGUCACCUCUCACCCAGUGACUCCCCGAGGACCUGCAGACUUGCCUCCAAUAUCAGUGGGCAAGCAGCUCCAAAUGGUACCACGAGGCUCCCCAUAUCCAGCUCAACAAACAGAUGUGUUUUACCCAGAUCCUCGAGGAGCAGCCCCCCCAUUUGAACCCCCUCCUUAUCAACCAGGUUUGUAUUAUCCUGCAGCUCAGUCUUCACAGUGCAUGUCCCGAUUUGUCCGACCACCACCAUCGGUUCCAGAACCAGGUCCUCCUUAUUUAGAACAUUAUCCACCAUACCUCCCAGAUCGCAUGGUGAAUUCUCAGUACAGUGCACAGCCACAGCAGUACCCUCCUAUGGGACAGCCCAUGUACCCUCCCCACUACGACAGCCGGCGUGUGUAUACCUCUGCCCAACCAUAUCAGCGAGAAGAGAUCAUCCGAGCAAGUCCUGUUCCCAUCGAAAUUCCUCCACCAGCUGUAUCACCAUACAUACCUGAAACAAGAGACAGAUAUCCGCAAGUAGAGGGCUACUAUCCAGUUGGUCCACAUCUGAAUCAGAUCAGACCUUCGUAUCACAGAGAGCCUUAUAGCCGACCUCCUCUUCAGCCUCAUCCCAGCCUAGAUGAACUGCACCGAAGACGAAAGGAGAUAAUGGCACAAUUAGAAGAAAGGAAGGUCAUCUCACCACCCCCUUUUGCACCAUCACCAACUCUGCCUCACUCUUUACAUGGAGACGAGUAUAUGGAUGAAGAUCUGAAGGUAGCUGGCAAAUACAAAGGAAAUGAUUAUAGCCAGUACUCUCCUUGGUCAUGUGACACCAUCAGCUCCUACAUCGGAACCAAAGAUGCAAAACCCAAAGACAUCGUGGCAGUGGGGUUUGUGGAGAUGGUGAACAUAGAUAGCAAAGGUAUGCGAGACCAGCGUUUGGAUUUGCAGAGGAGAGCAGCAGAAACUAGUGAUGAUGAUCUUAUUCCAUUUGGAGAUCGGCCAACUAUAUCAAGAUUUGGUGCCAUCUCACGUACAUCAAAAGCAAUGUACCAGAACCCUGGUGCCAUGCAAGCCAUGACAGUUCAAGGGACUUCUACAAAAGCCGUCAAUGUUUCAGAUUACAGUCCUUAUGGAACACACAGUACAUGGGGAGGCUCGCCAUAUUCACCCCAUCAAAAUUUACCUUCUCAGGGACGCCUUAGUGACAGAGAGAGAUUGGCUAUGACAGAUGUGGCUGGCCAUGGGAAACCUCUACCAUCAUCUGAAAGAGAACAGCAACUUCGACUUGAACUGCAGCAGUUAAAUCAUCAGAUUAGCCAGCAGACACGUGGAAUGGAGGCUGUUAGUAACAGGCUGCUGUUGCAGAGGGAGGCGAACCCCUUGGCAGGCCAACCACAGCCCCCACCGCCACCUCCUAAGUGGCCUGGAAUGAUCUCAAGUGAACAGCUGAGCUUGGAACUGCACCAGGUGGAGAGGGAAAUUGGAAAGAGAACUCGGGAGCUGAACCUGGAGAACCAGUCUUCACUGGAUGUUAAAAAUAAAGUGGGUACAAGCAAGCAGACAGAAAAUGGACAGCAAAGCAAAGUGCCAGCUGAGGACCUUGCAGUAACAUUCAGCAGUGAUGUUCCAAAUGGAUCAGUUUCAACACAAGAAAAUAUUGGCCUUCUUGCAAACAAAACUGCAGCUCUGAGCUUGUCAGAAGAUACUGAAGGGGCUGGAGGUGACCAGGAGUCUCAGAGGACAGGAGCAACCACCACCUCUGCUUCUUGAAAGAUCAAGAGCAUCCCUCUGUUUCUCACAAGUGUCAACUUUUCCCUUGUGUAACAGGAGACACUGAACAAGAACUCCAACAACAGCAGGUCCUGAGACAAUGUGCACAACACCACUACUAGAAACAAACCCUGCACAUAGUUCACAUUAACACAUUUUUUUAAUUUAAAAAAAAUGAAAAUUAGCAGUAUCUGCAAGCAACUCAGAUUAAAUUUGUUUUUGUUCUGUGAAUGAACUUUAUUUUAAUAACUUUGGAUGCCUUGGUUGCCAGGGCUUUAAAAGAAACAGAUAUUUUAUAUAUAUGUAUAUGUAUAUAUAUACACACAGAGAGAUGCAAACACACACUCUUUGUUUGAUUAAUUGUAUGAUCUUAAUAAGGUAGCUUUUCUUCUUUUUUUUCUUUUGUUAUUAUUACAUACCCAGUGUAUAACUCAUUCUAAGUAUCUUUCCUCCUCCUUUCAAAACAAGCUCACUCACCACCACUUUGUGUGAGCUUGAAAGGAAAAUAAGGAGAUGGAGAAGGGAGCUCUGAAAUGCCAGAUCAGAAAUUGUGUAGCAGAGUUUCUGAAAGUAACUCUCCUCACAGAUGUUAAAUCCUUGCCAUUACCUGUCAUGUUUCCAAGCCAUGAUGACUUUUAAACAUUAGGUUCUGAAGCAUUUGCUUUUAAAUGCAUAGCUUUUAAAUAUUAGGUUCUGAAGCAUCCUUAGCAAUAAGAAAUUUUAUAGAGUAGAGACGCCCUGAAGGAAGGAAAACAGCUUUUCCAUUUCUAAGAAAAAUGGAGGUGUCUGCCUGGCUCUUCGUUCAAAUUAAAAUAACUAAUAUUGAUUGAUUCUGGCACUCUUGAGAGAUAGAGAAUGGGUUCAAUCUGUAAAAAUAAGCAGAUUGAUAAUGUCUCUGAGAAAUAGCUGAAAAUAUAUGUAGAGUUGCUUCAGACAUGAUAAAGAUCUGAAUGUUAGGAGGGAAAGUACAGAUCUCUCUGCUUCUUUGUCAUGUUCAAAGCAGAGUUUCUGUAUUAUUCUCUAUAUCCUGGCAGGGAUGGUGUGAUAUUCUAAUGCAAGAAGCUCUGUUUGGAAAAAUGGAAAUUCAUGGAGGUGAGAUAUGCAGCAUACUUUAGUUCCCCUUCCCUCAAAUCUUUACUGCCCGAAUGGCUGCUUUCAGAUGCCUUUGGGCUUGUCUUGGGAAGAAUAGAAAAUGUAACAUUUUCCUCAUAUUGAAUAUUUAAAAAUCAGGCCUCCCCGUGAGUAAAAGUCAGUUUCACUUUCAGCCAUUCUACUUCAAAGUAACCUCUACAAAAUGGAACCCCCUCUUGUUCCUGCAGAUAUAAUUUCAUUUUUAGCUCUCCUUAAAAUGCUGCAGUUGCAGGCAGGGUUCCUACUUAACGCUGAGCAUCUUAUGAUUUUGUUCUCCCUCUCCUAGUGGAAAUUUUAGGAAAAAAAAACUUCCACCUAUGACUUAGACUUGCUUCUCCAUAUAAAUUUGACUACUAAAUCUCAGAAACACUGGUUAUGUAAUAAAUUGAAGCAUUGCUUUGGUUGGGUAAAAGCAGACAUUUAUUAAUCUUGUUUUAGGGUUUUUUUUUUCCUUUUGUCAAGGUUGAAACAUUCUUCAGUUGUUUUGUAUCUGUCUUAUUAUUAAAUGAAACAAAUUUAGGGAAGAUACAGUUCCCCUGAUGCCUACCAGUAGAAGUAUCAAAGCAGAAAACUCUUUUGAGUAGUUAUUAUUUAAUUUGCCCAGUCAAGGCGCAGCAUUUAUAUACUAUUUCACAUUGAAUUUGAUUAUGCCCUAUAGACCUGGCUGGCCAAAAGUUUGAUAUACACAUUUGGCUUGGGAUUCGAGCAUUUAAUUUAAAUGAAAAAAAUUAUAUAUACACAUACAUACAGUAUAUAUAAACAUAUAUGUGUAUGUAUACUGUAUAUAUAAAUGGUUUGUUUUAAUAACUUUUUCACAUGAGUGCAGCUGUUAUAAAACAUCUGGGAGGAAGAGGCACUAAAAAUAUAUCUCAAAAUAUAUUUUAAUUCUCACCUCUUCUACUUUUGUUAAACCUAGCACCACUCUGUAUAUGUCAUACAUCAGGAAAGCUUCUCCUUUAUUCAUACCACCUGCACACCCACUACUGAGCUCUGGAUAGAAAUUCUUUUUCUGUAUGAGAAUUACUUAGUAGAGAGAGCCUAUCACAACUUUUUGCCUUGUCUAGAGAGGUGAACUGAGAAUAGUACAAGAGAAGCAGUGAAAGAAACAUCAAAGCUAACUUUGCUUAUUGUAACUUUUGUUCAUACCUUUAAACAUGUAGGUAGUGAAUGUAUGUACAAUAGGAUUGUAUUGGCAAGCCCAGGUUCCUUUUUUCUUUAUAUAUCUUGAACGUGUGCUUGGCCACACAAACUGCACGUGCCAUAGUCACAUGUGCGGUCAGCAACAGAACAAAAAAGUGAUUUGUCCCUGUGUCUGAUCUACCUGCCAUAUAUCACUGAACAGAGGGAGGAAUAGGUGGCAUGGGUGAAAAUAUUGUUGAUGCCACUGUUGGAGGAGUUUCUAUUACAGAAUUACAUUCUCUGAAGGUGAGCUUACAAAGAAGACUUCCCAGUAUCUGUGGCACCCUCUUUCUAGCUUUGUACUCAAUGUCCUUUCCAGGUCAGUGUCCUGUUUGCACAAGCAAGUAUUUUUGUUUAACCUCUGCAAGCCGCGUUGAUCUUGGCUCAGUUUCCUGUUUUCCUUCUCCCUUUCUGUGAACUGAAAUUUAAUCAACAAAGAUGAGCACAUUAGAAACUGGGAAGAGACUACUUUAAGUGCAGUUCUCCAGUUUUCAGGUGAAAGGUUCUGUAAUACUAGAGGUCUCACUCAUCACUUUUAUAAUUACAUUUUUUGUGUGUCUACACACUGCUUACAUUUAAGAUGAGGAGCAGAACAGGAACAAUCUUCACUUCUCUGUAGCAAGAAAAUGGAGAAAACACUGACAAAAAGCUGCCAUGAAGUAACUUUGUGACUUCCUAAACCAGAUUAUAUGCUUGAAGUUAGAAGGUGCAUAAAUUUGAGAAAUAUAGAGCAUCUUACCUUCUUAUCAAAAGAGUAUCCCCCACACCACCAUGUGAUUUCUGUCCAGUGGCGAUGGUCAGGUUGCUUAUAAAGGAUACAAUACAACCUUUAGAGGCAUAUGUGGGAUCCUAAAUCUGUUCCCAUCAAGAUCAGCUUCAGAUUCUGUACGUGUGGACUUACAGCCAGUCUGAAAGUCUUUCCCUUUUAACAACUUGAAAACAAGAAAGCAGUCAAAUAAAUACACAUGUAUAUAUAUAUGGUCAUAAACCCUUACACUUUAUAUAUUCUGUGCUUGGGAUUAUGGCAUAUAUCUCAGGAGUGUAAAAUUAAACCUAAUUAAAUAAACAAUUCUGAGGUGAUCACUGUUUUUUUCCAACACAAAGAUAUAAAGAAUUUAAAUUUUUAAAAAUUCUUUACUCACUUUAACCAUAGCUAGAGAACACAGAGGUGGCUUAUAUAUAUAUUGUCCCUUGUACAUGGUUGCUGUGAUAUAACAACAUAGGAUUUGCAAUGUGUGCACACAUAAAUGUUCUUUGAUAGAAUAAAAUUUAAUCUCAGACACGUUAUAUAAGAGAUUAAAGGUAAUUUUAAAAGAAACUCGAGGGCACAAACUUCAGAAUAACAUUAAUUGAUUUAAUAAAUGUAGAAACAUUGCACAUACUAAUUUAGAACACCAAUUUUAUGUAUACAUAAAUAUAAUACACACUGCAGUUUGGCACAUUUAAAAGUGCUUUCUCUUUUUAUUUUUUAAUAUGCUUUGGCUAAUAAGGACUUGUGGUGUCCUUUCCAUCUCCUUCUUUAUAUGAGCCCAUCAUCCUCCCUGAUCAUGCACCAGUUGACAGCUUGCUGCCUCAGGAUAGAGCAUUCAGAUGAAUUUGCAUAGCCAAUAACUUCUGUGAAGUUGCCUUUUCUAAUGGUGUUAUUACUCAGUGAUGCACAAAUGUGGUAUUGCCCCUACUGGUAGGCAAAUGCAGGGGUCUGUAUACAUGUAGAAAACACCCUUUCUUCAUUCAAGGACAGCCAAAGACUUGUGCUUUACUCUUAGAUUUGUUUGGGUAUUUCUUUUGCUUCUAUCCAUUUUACUGGACUAGCUGGUUUGAAUUGAAAAUCUCAUGUUCUGUGUUUUCAGCUGUUAACACUGGUAGAAAAAUGUAAAUGCUCAUUACUGUCAAGCGUGAUAAAAAUACAAUAUGUUUAGAUAGUGGAUUGUUAGCACAUUUCAGAAGUGAUGUGUUUAAGCAUCCAUACACUCAAUGCUAUUCAUCCAACUCCUUUAUAUUUUUUUCAAAAAUUAUGGAAUAUUUUCCUACCACACUUCAAUUUCCACAAAGAAAGGGCUUAUAAAAAGUUAUUGUUUAGUUGCAUUGUUCCUUCUUGAAAUUUUCUGUUGCACUCCAGUAAAAGUAAAGAAGCUUAAAAGGGAAUGGGAGUAAGAAAUUCAAAAUUAGCACCAAAAUAGCACCAAAUGUAAUGAAAUUUGCAGACACAUAUGCAUGCAAAUACUCUGCAUGGUAAUUAUUCAGAUAGACCUGUGGUAGCUGGCUGCAGAAAGCGUGUUGAGUUGUAUCCUAGAAAUACAGUGAAUUACACCCAAGUAUCUGCUUGCCUGAAGCUAAGCCUCUCUGGGCCGGAAUUCAUUAAUGCGUCCACCAUGAAGGCGGUAAUAUAUGAUUUAUAAAGCACUUUGUUUCAUAGGCCUAACUUUGCAAGUGCAGACUUCUUUAAAAAAGAAGUUAUUCUCCCUAAUUUCAGUAGUAUUUUGCAUUAUGUUCUAAAUGUUUGUAUACUUUCCUGUAGAUGUUUCCUCCCUUUCCCCUUGAGUUAACUUGGUCACAUUGCAAUGUUGCAGUCCUGACUGUUCCUUUAAAGCUAAGCAGCAGUAGGAUCCUCACCAUCUUUCUUGUAAGCAGAAUUCCUGUUUUAUCUCACUUGGGUAGACAAAUAUACCAGUGCAGGAACUCAUAGGGAGUCCUGCAGUUAAAUAUUCUCUCCUCAUAACUCAAACAGUAAACAUGGGCAAACUCAACCUUUAGAUCUUGAUCUGACAGGUCCUAUUCAGAUCAGAACUCCAGAUGAUUACUUGGUUCAGUGUGUUUGACAAGCUACAAAAUUUAAUUUUAUUAAUUAGUUUGAAUGAGGGUUUUAGAGAAAAGCCUCAAUAGCACUGAGUAACCUUUGUCAAAAGUUAGGCUUAACUUUACAUGUCUGCAGUCUUCACUUUUUCUCAGUUUAUUCCAGAAGGAACUCCAGAAAAGAAAGGAGGAGGAGACUUUUGGGCACAAAGAUAAGCCAUAAUUUAAUAUUACACGAAUGAACCACAACAACCAUCAGGCUCACAUGCCUCCCCGUCUCCUUUAGGGUAGCCAUGAGAUCUUUCACUUUCAGUUAAUAUUAACCCCAGCUUCUUGUUUCAUCCAAUCCCAACACUGGUUUGUCUUAAUUGUGGUUUGUUGAAACAAGCAAACUUCAAAGUACAGUUUAUGAUACUAACUUGUUUGAACAAGCCAUUCAUCAAGAUGAACCACACAUAUAAUUUGGACAAAGCACUGAACUGCUUAAUAGGAAAUUAUGGAAUUGUGGGAUGUUAAUGGUAGUUAACUAAAUAUUUUGGAGAGUGCAGAAUGACCUCUUUUUUAGUUUGUGGAAAGUAACCCACAGAGCACUGGAAAAAGUACUCCUUCAGAUUCACUGUUAACCUCGUUCAUAGGCUGAUCUUUAGCUCUUUGGACUUCACUUUGAACAUGCAGCAGCUGUUCAACUCAAGAAAAAUAAUCUGUGUUUCAGUACACAUCAGGGUAAUAAUUAAAAAUUGAGAAAUAGCCCUGAUUUAUUUCAGUUUUACCUGAUCAACCCAGAGACUGUCCUGUACAUAAAAAAGAAAAGGAAAAAAAGCUGAAAAGGGUCAUAUUGGUGAUGUCCAAAAUAAUUCAUGAAGGAGAGUUGCCCCCUCUCCUUCCUGGCUGCAUUGGAGUUUAUGUGGUGUACAUUGUGUUGGAUACAGAAAUGGAUUCUUGGUGUUUUAAUUAAAUGUAAUGGAUAAAGUAGUGGUAUUUUUACUUCUCUUUGGUAUUUUGAGAGGCAGCAAACUCUCCCAGAUUCUAUUGUGAUGAUAUUUUUAAGAGUUCAGUACUAUCAGCAGGUACCAUUUGAAGUCUAGGUAGCUUUUGUUCUGAAGACUGGCAGUGAUCACUGGUAUCUGAAUAACAUGCAUACUUUUGACUGCCUGGUGCUUUUUUCCACAUACAAAAAGUAUAUAAUUUUGUAGGAGAAAAAAAGUCAAAGUUUGGGAGGAUUUUUCCAAAAGAAAAAAAAAUGUAAUGCUUAAAUGCAAUUUCUUUUUGAAAAUAAAAGUAUUAGACAUGCUGAUGUUACAUGUAUACAUAUCUUUUAUAAAAAAAAAUCCUGUGGAGUAUUUGGUGUUUGCUAUAAACAAAAUUUGUUUGCUUUUGUGUAUGUUAAAGUGACUUUGGGCACAACUGUAAGUGGGAAUGGCUUCCACACAAGUCCCAUUGAAUAUGUGGGAUGUGUGCAGGAAGAUCAUCUCUGUGCCCUCUUGUUGUUAAUGUUAGUUUGUUGUGGCAGACAAUACUCACAAGUCUUUGGCAUCCAAAACCAGAUUAUGUAACUGGAUCGGAAUCCCACAACUGAAUUUGCAGAGGGAGCUCUUUCCAAGCUUAGCAGUAGAGAAGAUGGCUGGGGUAGGGAGUAAGAUAGGCAGUCUCACUAUUAAUGCAACCUGUUUUGCUAGCUAUCUUUACAGGUUUCAGUUUCAAGCUCUGUACAAACCCAAAAAGGGAUUAUCUGCUGCCUAUUGUGAGUUUACAAUUGCCUUGCAGUUUCUGCUUGCUAUGUAAGCAGCCUUUUUGCUAACCAUGUACCCUUUUCCCUGAAGGCGACCUUAUCAGCAGCAUGGUGGCAUUUUUAUUAAUUUUCAAGGACUGGCAGCCAGCAAUCUAAAUUUUGCUCCUCAUCAAAUCCCACUCGUGUCUCCCUCCCAGAAUCCCCUGGCUGUUUCCAGUUGUGGGAUUUCUCUGUACGUGUGUGCAUUCUUUAUGGUUCGGGGGUGGGGGUGGGGUUAAGCCAAGUUUCCUUUGGGCUUUUUAGGAUUGUACCAGUCUCCCCGAGACAUUCUUAAGUCAUUAUCACCUUUUUGGGUGGAGUUCAUUUUUUUAAUAACUUUUUUGACAUUUUGGUGCAUAUAUGCUUGGGAUAGAGCUCAUGUAAUUUACCAAUCGUAUUGAUUGUAUGUGAUUGUGCCCUGCAGAGGUAUAUUUAACAAAAAUAAAAUUAAAAAUUAAA